GCAAAAAAACCAAAUGUCUGAGCUUCCUAACGGGUUUUUCGAUGGAAUGAAGGACAUCAUGAAAGUGAUAGUGGACACCAGUCUUAUGUGUUGUCAUCUGACGAAAGAAGACGCCCAAUGUACCUCUUUAUACGACGACAGCUUCGCCAGUUGCGAGAGCAUGUUUCGCGACUCAGCCCCACGUAAAAGUAUCUGGGCAAUCGGAAUCCUUUCUCUGCUUGGUGCUGUGUUCGUAAUUGUAUGGCGUCUGAUCUUUAAAGAGAGAAACAUAGUCCAGCUUAUCAUGUUAAUGCACUUAGCGGUUGGGGAUUGCUUGAUGGGCGUUUACUUGGUCACCUUAGGUGCCAAAGACCUGUUAUGGUCGGGAAGUUACUAUCUGCAUGACUUCCAGUGGCGAUCCGGUUUGUCGUGUCAGGUCACAGGUGCGAUCUCAGUGCUGUCCAGUGAGGUCUCUGUAAUGAUACUUGCCCUCAUCUCUGCUGACAGGCUGAAGAACAUCGUUUUCCCAUACCAUGGCAGAGGGCUGACUCCCAGGAAGGCACACAUUCUGUGCGUGAUUAUUUGGGUCCUUGGUUUUGUCAUCGCAUUCCUUCCCCUCAGUGGCAUUAGCUACUUUUAUGACGCCCUAGAGCGCCCUGCCUACUACGGACGAUCCGUUGUGUGCCUCCCACUGCAACUUUCCAACAGGUUUCCAGCUGGUUGGGAGUUCUCCAUUGCCAUCUUCGUUGGGUUAAACUUCCUCCUCUUCCUGUUCAUGACGGUAGCUUAUGUCGCAAUCUUUCUUAAAAGUUAUCUCUCCAGCCGUCAGCUCGCAAAGAAGGGAACCAGACGAGAGGUGCAGGCAAGAAAGAAGAAUGCAAGUGCCAGAAGGGAGAGAGCAUUGGCCAAAAGAGUCUUCUUUAUCAUUCUCACAGAUUGCGCCUGUUGGAUGCCGAUAAUAGUCAUGGGCAUCAGGUCUUUGGCUGAAAAAGAUUACAGUCCCCGAGGCGAUCUUCCUGCCUGGAUCGCCGUGUUUGUGCUGCCAAUUAACUCAGCCUUGAAUCCGAUCAUCUACACCUUAUCAACCCCUCAGGUGCAGGGCAUAUUGCGACCAAAACUGCGAAUUUUGAUGAACCAUGUGCGCAGCUUUUUCUCUUGCUGUAAAAAGCAGCAAGAUCAUCAAGAUCAGGAACAAGGAGACAAUGGAAUGCUAGAAAUGGUGGAAAUGGUGCAACUUGGACAAGCAGAUCCGGAGCAAGGUGUAGGCCAAGUUAACGAGGAAGAACAUGUGCUGCCGGCUGAAGCAGCAGAAAAAGACGAAGAUGAGGGCAACGGAGGAAAUUUGCAAAUGGUUGUUGUGGAAGUUCAUCCAUACAAAGGACCACGAGAUAAUGCAGUCCAAACUAUGACUUAUGGACAAGAAACAUUUGAGGAAGCUAAAGAAUACCGAGACACAAUGGGUGAGGAUGAUGAGAGCAAGAACGUCCCAGCUAAACCAGAGUAG